AUGGCCUCACGAACCUCCGCCUCUCGCACUGAUGGGUCUCCCCUUGCUGAUCCAACUCAUUAUCGCCAAAUCGUCGGUGCUCUUCAAUAUCUUACCAUCACUCGACCUGAUAUAGCCUAUGCCGUUCAACAUGUUUCUCAAUUCAUGAGUUCUCCUAGUGAUACACAUUUGGAAGCUGUGAAGCGCAUACUUCGUUAUCUCAAAGGCACUCUUGGUCAUGGUUUAUCCCUUUACUGUUCCGCUAAUCCUUCUCUCCUCAUUGCAUAUUCUGAUGCCGAUUGGGCAGGGUGUCCAGACACCCGUCGCUCCACUACAGGGUAUUGUAUAUUUUUGGGGCCCAAUCUCAUUUCAUGGAGUGCCAAGAAACAACGUACCGUCUCUCGCUCUAGUGCCGAAGCCGAAUACCGUGCUCUAGCUUAUGCAUGUGCUGAUACUAUUUGGAUCCAAGGCCUGUUACGUGAACUUCGGUAUCCUCUCCCUCGUCCGGUUCUCCUUAAUUGUGAUAAUCUUUCCACUACUUACAUGGCUGCUAAUCUGGUCUUUCAUUCCCGCACCAAACAUAUUGGCCUUGAUUAUCACUUUGUUCGCGAACGCAUUGCCAGUUGCAGUCAUCAAGUUCAAUUUAUUCCUUCCACACAACAACUGGCUGACGUUUUCACCAAAGGCUUACCCACGGAUCGGUUCCAGCGUCUCGUUUCCAACCUUGUCACCUCCCCGGCGUCAAGUUUGCGGGGGAAUGUUAGGGAGUUACACCAGUAA